GACACAAGCCUUCCGCUCUCUUCCUGACGCACGGUUGGAGGUCCGUGCCGUCGAGGGUGGCCUCCGCUGGCGUUCUCCUCGUCUCGGAGGCCGCAAGAGUACCUGAGCGCAGCAGGACCAUGCUCUUGCUGUCCUUCUCGUGCAUGCUAAUGUCGCUCUUGUUGAAUGGAUGAUGCGUCUUCCAUUGUUGUGGGUAGUACGAGGGUUAGUUGCGUUGCUCCAGUCCAACGCUAAGCCUGAACUUCCUCGCCGGCGAUGCACGAGAAGGGGGAGCAAUUUGUACGUUGGACGGAUCCCUCAUUUGCCUACCGCGCCCGCUUCUGACAGGGUGCUUCACAGUCGGCGGGCCAACCUAAAGUCACCUAGUAGACGCAAAACUCGGUCAUGGCCAGCCGAACGCAUGACGACCAAGGGCUCUAAAUCUUGCCACACAGUGAACUUGUUGACGCUUCGACGAUCUGGCCACAUAUUAGUGGCAUUGUCGUCUGCAGGGGGCCCUCUGCUGACGUCCCGACGGCAAGUGCCCUACUAUUGCUGAGAGUUCUCUUUUGUCCAGAAAGCACAGUCAUUCAAAAGAGCAUUGCGGACGCCUGUAUAUUGUCCCGCGUGCGAGUCGAACCUUGAUUGGCGGUCUGAGUAGGAAGAGGCCACGGCCAGACAAGAUCUCGGUGGGAUGCAUGCGUCACGAAGAGUAAACGCACUCAGAGGAGUGCACACGUCUUAGUGAGUCUG